AUCAGUUAGAACGAAUCAUUUGUAGACAUUCACAAAAAAGAAUCGGUUCAAAAGAAUGAAUCUUUCGCGAACCGGAAGUCGCUCAAAUUGAUCGGCAUCGGCAUGAGAGCAGCAGUGGUAUUUCUAAAUCUAAGCUGUUAUCUGUUUGUAAAACUCAACAUUAAGAACAAAGACGACGAUUCAACAUGGCAUUUACACCAAAAAGACUUAAACGGAACCUUCAGAUAUUGAAGAUAACAUUUGUGGUUUUAUCCACAAUGUAAGCCCGGUGAAAGUUGGAGUCCGCAAUGGCGGGAAAUAUUUUAAUGCGUUACUUCAGAGUAGCCGUGAGGACUAUAGGCAUGUUGUCGUUUUCGCAGUCGAAAAACGGACAAGUUUUUUGCAGGCUCAGAAGAAUAAGACUCCAGUGAAACUUUAGAAGAUUAAAAGAGUUGUCAGUAAGUAUAUUUAAGUUAAGGUUGUUUUACUACAGCCAAAAUAUUGUAGGUGUUUUUAAAAAUUUAUCAUCUGAAAGGUUCCAGUGGUGGUGAGUUUGAUGUACAGUGCAGCAGAUCAACUGAGACAUCCGUAACUGAAAGUUUUGGAUUCAUGUUCAAAGAGCCUACACAUACUGGAAAGAAGACAGUGGCUGAGGUCAAAUCAAUGGCUCCCAGACAAGAGGUUCGUCUGAUUGAGGUUUAUGUAUGCAAAGUGAAAGCUGGCACAAACAUGGUGGAGAUGCGGGGUGAGGUUGUGGAGACUCAAAUAUGUUACGUCCAAGAUGCAACUGGUUGGAUCAAAGUCCAUUUGUGGGAAGGACAAAUUGGAAUGCUGGUAUCUGGUCACGCAUAUCGAAUGAGUAAUAUGGCCACACGUGAGUUUGGAUCGCUGUAUUUAACAGCAACAAGUUCUACUGAAAUCCAUGAAGUCGAAGUCACAUCUGGACUAAGAUCACUUCAAAAUGUUGAAGUUGAGGAAGAAGUGAUUAAGACUUUAAUUGGUAAAAUCAUAAGAGCUGAGAUUGUGGUGUCAAGAAGGUGUACGAAAUGUCGUGCUUACCAACGUGAUUUUAACUCUGCCAAGGCAUUCCAUCGUUGUGAAAGAUGUGGCUUUCUGCAAAAAAUGGAUACCUACAUGCGUUCAGCUAGUGGGAGAGUGGCGUUUGUGGAAUCUUUGGAUGAAAUGGAUUUGGCUGUCUCCAAUUCUGUUAUUCAAAACUACCUGCAACAUGAGGGACUUCUUCAAUUGCUUGUUGAAGGACAAAAUGUUGAGGAACAUCUGCUUUGUGGAGAGACUUGGAAACUCCAAAUUGAGAGCGACGUUGUAGUUGCUAUUGAAAAAGUGGAAGAUGAUGGAAGAGGAACAGGAGCUCAAAUGGAUAGGUCAACUGAUGAGGAGGUUGCUGGUGCAGUUUCAGCAAUUGAAACUGAUGUGUAAUAAUUGGGACGAGUAGUUUUUGACACCAUUUUAUUAGAGAAUCAGUAAAGUGUGUUGUCAUUUCAAUCUUUUAUCAUUUAUAUAUUGUAAAAACCUAAGAUUCUUGUGAGUAUAAAUGUUGGUUUUGAAUUUAUAAAAAAAAACUCUGUGAAUGCUAAAUAUUUUAGUUUCUGUUAACUUGAGAAGGUUUUAAAAAUUACCUAAGUGUUAAGUUUUGUUUCUAUUUUAAAUUAUAGAAAAAGUGACAAGUCAUGGAAGAGGAAUAAGAGCUCAAAUGGAUAUGUCAACUGAUGAGGAGUUUUCUGGUGCAAUUUCAAUAACUGAAACAAAUGUGUAAUAAUUGAGAAAUAGCAGUUUGAGACACUGUCACACUAUAUAUCUAACUUAAGAAAAUUUAGAAGAAUUAUGAGAAGUGUUUACUUUUUGUAUUUUAAAAUGUUUAUAUGUGAAAGGUGAUGUUUCCUUUCUCUUGUUUUUUCAUAGAAAAAAUAUUUUAUAGUCCUGCUGUUAAGAUUGUCUUUGAUAGUGGGUGUAAUUUUGUUGUUACAUAUAUGUAGGUACAGAAUAUUGGUAAUUUUCUUACUUUAUACCUGUCAUUAUAAUUUAUAAGUAAUACUGGCUGGUAAAGUUUUUUUUGUGAGCCUAUGGAUAUUAAAGAUUUAUACUAGAUAUUUAAUGUAUAAUUUAGUUGUUUUUAUGUAUAUGCAGGCUAUUUGCAGACUAUUGGUCUUUUAGUGAAUAUUGGUAAUUUAUUUCGUCAUGAUAAUUUGUAAGUCAUUUUGUUUGUUUUUAUUGUGUUACAUUAACAAAGUAAAACAAUAUAUGACCAGAUGCAUAUAAAAAAAUCGAUGUGAUCUUUGCUGCUACUACUUAAGUAUAAUCUAAAUAAAG